AUGGCAGCCAGCAACGCUUCCGUGGUGAGAUCUUCUUCUCGACGAAAGCUGUUUGCUCCCACACCCGUCGCGAGCUUGACUAGCGACGCUACGAUGGCUGCCACCACCCCCGCAAAUGGCAACGGCGCCAAUGCAGCGUUUGACGGCGAUGCAGCAUUAGCAGCUGCCAUGUCGGCAACGGAAGCACGUCGGUCCUACUCUCUUCGUCGUCGUACGCCCUCUGCUUCCACUUCCACGGCAAACACACCUGCUCGCAAUGCAACGCAGAAACGCACCAUCAAGACAUCGACGAAAAGAUCGAGGGCAGCAUCGCCAUCGACCGCUUCCGAGCAGAGCGACUCUGCUGCCGGAUCAGACUUUUCCGCUGACGAAGCCUCUGCAUCGUCCGACCACGACAGCGAUGUGUUCUCCGCCGAAUCGACCAACGCACGUCGUUCCUCUUCCAAGACCAAGGCGGUCCAGUCACCCCGCAGAGCUGCAUCUACCUCCAAGGCUUCCUCCUCGACGCCCAAACGAUCCAAACCCAGCACUUCCUCCCCCAAAAAACCUCCUCCUUCACCGUUCGACGUCUCCCCACGCAAACCCACCAAAAAACCAUGGAAAGUCAACCUCGAACCACACGAAGCCCACCCCGCCCCUCCCCACUGGGAAACCGUAUACACCCUCCUCUCCCACCAACGCACCAAGAUCGUCGCACCCGUCGACACCAUGGGCUGCGAGGAGAACGGUCGUGCUGAUCGACGUGCCGAUUCCCAGCGCGCACUAUCCACUCCGGAGACUCCGGAGGAAGAAGCGAAGCGCGAACGUCUCGCUACGCUCGUCUCCCUCAUGCUGUCCUCUCAGACCAAAGAUCCCGUCACAGCGGAAGCCGUGUACAACCUGCAACGAACCUUGCCUAAUGGGUUGUGUCUGCAGUCUCUGCUGGAGGCGGAUGAUGAGAUGAUCUCGCAGUGUAUCGCUAAGGUCGGGUUUUGGAGACGCAAAACGGGGUAUCUCAAGAGUGCAGCCCAGAUCCUAGCAUCCGACUUCGAUGGUGACGUACCCAAGACGGUGGACGAGUUGAUCAGCUUACCUGGAGUAGGUCCGAAGAUGGCAUUCCUCGCACUCAGCAGCAUGGGCAUUCAGAUCGGCAUCGGUGUAGACACCCACGUCCAUCGUCUCACCAAUCGUCUCGGUUGGCACUCUACCAAAACCCCAGAAGAAACCAGGCUUAAUCUUCAAUCUUGGCUACCGGAAGAGCUGCACGGGAAGAUCAACAGGCUACUCGUUGGGUUCGGUCAGGUGAUCUGCGUUCCGGUAGGACCAAGAUGCGAUCUAUGCGAUGUGGGUAAGGCUGGAUUGUGUCCGAGUAAGAGGAAAGUGGAUGUCAAGAGCGUGGAGAAGAGGGUCAAAGUUGAAAUGUUGGAUAGCGACGAUGACGCGGGCAUGGUGGUGCAGGACAAUUGGGUAAAGGUGAAGAGGGAGCAGGCGAGCGUGAAGGUUGAGCUAGAGGUGGACGGACCAGAUGGCACGGGGAGGAUGGAAGUCGGGGAUCUAUUGGAGACGCAAAAGGAGGAGGAUGGAAAAGAUGGGGUGGUAUUGAGGGUCAAACAGGAAGAGGAUCCCGAUGCUGCGCUGGUAGAAAAGGCUCUCGAGUGGUAG